AAAAAAAAAAAAAAAUGUCAGCCAUCAAGAAUAAAGUAAAAGAAAAUAAUUCUACUUCAACGACGGGACCAAUCACUCGUAAAAGAGGAAGACCUGCCAAGUCUGAGCCUACUCCUGUAGAAGUAGUCAACAAGAAUCAAGGAAAAGAUAAUGAUAAAAAAGAAACAAGAAUAGAAAAUGAGGUAAAAGGUUUAAAUGUUUCAAAGAGUAAUACUGUUGAACAACCUACUACGAUAAAGAGAAAACGCGGUAGGCCUGCAAAAAUGACGACCACUGCUACUAACGAGUCUAAAGAAAAGCUGAAUUCACCAGAUACUCCUAAAAGAGGUAGAGGUAGACCUAGAAAACCUACUCCUAAUAAUUCUUAAAUAUGGUUUAUUUUGUAUCUGAACAAAAGAAAAGAAUACAUUUCUUUAUUUUAUUUUAUUUUUUCUGUUUUUUUUUUAUUUUAUUUUCUUUUUUU